UUUUCAGAAAUGUGUUUUAUGUACGUCUCAGAAAUAUACUUAAAAUGACACUUAAGUAUACUUGACUUACUCAGAAAAAGACUAAAUAUAUCUGAGCAAUACUGUUCUCCGAAAAUCCAUGUUUUUAUUGUUAUAUGGUAGGGAGCACUAUUACACAUCUUCUGUACAGAAUUUUCAAACCACAAGCGAAUAAGAAACCGAAACAACAGAUGCUUCCGCACAUUUUUGUUUUUUUAUAAAACAGCAUUAAAUCUGUAACGUUAUGGAAUAAAAUGUGACCCGUGAUGAGGUAAUAAUGACUGUCAAGCUUUAGGGUGUUAAUUGGCUCCAUCUACAUUUUGAUUAUCACUCUGAAUGAGUGAUACCCUGUUCUUUCUUUUGAUGUUUUGUAUGUUCUGAUAUUCAUAUAACAAAAUAUACAAAUUAAUAUCUAAUAGGGACAUAGUAGUAUACUUAAAGUGUGAUGUGAAUUUCACUUAAAGAAAACUUACGAGUAUACUUUUAUUUUAAAAAUGACUAAACUAGUAGUUUACUGAGACUAUACUUCAAAGUGUACUAAACAUGCUACAAGUAUUUAAUUAGUAAAUUAUCAGUAUACCUAUAACUUCAAUUUUAGUAUAGUUACAGUAUAUUCAAACUAACAAAAAAUCAAGAAACAGACACACAAAUUGUUAAGCUUUUGUGUAUGUAAUGUGAGUCCAUCUAUGGAAUGUGUGGUGAAUUCUUCAUCCAACUGAGCUUCUUUCACAGGCUUUUGACUGCUUUACUUUUUACUAACCACCAGGUUGCGCUGUUUUCGACACAAAGUUCUGAAUCUUUUUCCGAAACAGUCAGAGGUCAAAGUUUCAGUGCUUCACUAGGCUUCAUUUUCCCGUCACUGUCGAAUGAAUGAGUUUGUUACGGAGCGAGGGAGACAGGAAGCGGGCGGAUCCAAACACAAAGCUUUAUUAGACAAAGACAUAGACAGAAGAGUAAUCCGUAAGGCUGGCGAGGGUCGAUCAGCGGUGAACGUAAUCCAAGGGGCGAGGCAAACAGGUAUUCCAAAUAGACGAGCUAGAGUUAAUUCGAGGGGUGAACAGAGUCCGAACGACAAGGCAAAGGGUUAAAUCCACGACGGGUGAAAAGUCCAGGGCAAGCUGAAGGCAGACACGACAAAAUAACCAGGCUAGGAUAACACGACUAUAAACAAGACUAAACUAGAGACAGGAUAUAUGGAAAUGGCUCCGUACAUGUGUCUAACACUAGGUGGGUGCUAAAUGCUCAACACAGUACUUGGCAACUAGGAAGAGGAAGCACAAGGCUUAAAUAUUGUGCUUGAUUGGUUACAGCUGUGCGUGUCAUCAGCGCAAUGAAUGAUGUAGUGGCGUUCAGGACCAGAUUUAUUACAAAGUGUCACGUCCCACUUGUUUGCUUUGAACCAGAAGGCACUCCCACAAGACCUCUUGGGGCAUAGGAAACUUGUGGCUAUAGAGCCCUUUAACAGCUAAAUAUCAAUAUUUUCAGGAGUUGAGGGUAUUCAAAUAAACAGGAAUUACAAGAAACAUGGAUAAGUAUAUAUUAUCUAGUGUUAGGGUUAAACAAUAUGUUGCUUAUAAAUAUGUGCUGUCUGAUGCUGGUUUCAUAGUGAUGUGAAAUGCAAUUUUUGAACUCGAAUUGUCUUGAUUAUAAUGUUUACCUCAGAGUAACUUUAUGUUGUGCGAUGAACUUUAUGUUGUACAAGUUCAAUUCUCCAGUAAUUCCAGCUCAGAAGGAUGUAAAAUUACACAAAUGUAAGCAAAAAACAACAUUCAUCUUUUUGGAGGGAAAUGUGCAUUUGAGUUUAGCACAGCACAUCAGUCUGUAGUUCAUCACCUCAUAGUGUCACUGAUCGCAAAUAAUAGAAAGGUCAGAAUGGAUUUAGGAAGUGCACACGUAGUAACAAGUUUAUUUUAAUGCUUUUUUAACUUCUUUAAUGCAUUUUUUUUCUCUUUUUAAAGUUUGAACUGUGGUUAAAAUGAAGUUUCUGCAAAAUAAAGCUUGGGGGGGGGAGGGGUUGGGGCUCGAAACCCAACUUGUUUCACAUCAGUCAUGUUUUUGUUGUGAAGAUGUACAGUUCAUCUAAGUUUGCAUUCUUGACAGUCAGCAGUAUGUAAUUUCUAGAAGAGGCCCUCUAUAUUAAACCUUGCACUCAUCCUUCCAAAUUCCACAACUGAAGAGAAGUGAUCACGGAACUAGUAGGUGUUUAUAAAAAUGACAACCACAAGACCUGCAGCAAGUACAAUGAGAUGGGAACGGACAGAGAUGAAGAUAUUUAUGCAAAUCAGGGCCAGAAACUCAGCCAGACUGAAGCAAGAACUCAAAACAGAGGUUUGUCAGUAGGAAAUAAAUGUGUUGUGUUGAGCACUGUGUGCAUUAGCUUUAUAUGCAUUUUCCUGGUGGCUGCCAUUGUAGUACUGCAUAUCAAGUUCACGGCAGAGAGAGAAGUACAAGCUACACACAUGUUACAGUCCAUUUCAAGAGAUCAAGCAGAGAAAGCCCAGUUACAGAACAGCUUCAACUCUUUGAGUCAGAAGAAACUGGAGCUGGAGACCAGAGUCAAUGAUCUCACUGCUGAGAAGAGACAGUUACAGAACAGUUUAAACUCUUUGAGUCAGAAGAAACUGGAGUUAGAAACUGAGCUAACAAAGUUAUCUGAACAAGUAACUGGAUACUUUUUCUUGUCCAAUGAGGAGAAGAGCUGGUCUGACAGCAGGCAGUACUGCAGGAAUCAUGGUGGUGAUCUGGUCAUUAUCAACAGUGAAGAGAAGCAGAGGUUAAUGUCUUCAUUCGUCAAGGAAAGAGUGUGGAUUGGUUUGUCUGACAGAGAGAAAGAGGGUAACAUGAAAUGGGUGGAUAAUUCACCACUGAAACAAGGGUUUUGGUUCAGAGAUGAGCCGAAUGACACUGAUGGAAAUGAGGACUGUAUUGAAAUUAUACCUGGAAAUUCUAUCCUGAACAACUGGAAUGAUCUGCCAUGCUCACAGAAUAGAAAGGGGAUUUGUGAGGCUUCCAAGAACAUCCAAGAAGAGAUUUCCUCCAGUCCAGCAGGAAGCAGUAGAGAGCAGGUUUAUCAGACUGAACUGAUCAGAGAGGAAGACAAAUGUCAGAUCCAGAGCACUUGCUGGGUAAAGACUAGAAGGAAUACAGCUCUAGCUACUGGACAUGCGCACAUCAAUCUAACACCUGCUGUAAGACAGCGAAUAAUGGACAUCGAGAGCAUUUAUGCAAAUGUUGAAUGCAGAGCUGUUAAGAACACAACUGGACCUCAAACUCAGGGUCACAGCCAGGAUGAAGGAAAAGAUCUAAAGCACAAAGGAAGUAGAUGUUUGGUGUUGAUCACAGUGAGUCUCGGGCUCAUUUGUGUUCUUCUGCUGGUCUUCAUCAUACUGCAGCACAUCACCAUCACAGCAGAGAGAGACCUGAUAAAGAGUUACAAGAACACAGUUGAAGAGUUCAAUCAAACCAUCAACAGCUUACAGGACAAUUACACUGAUCUAAUGAUUGAAAAACACCAACUUCAGACCAACUUCAGCUCUUUGAAUCAGAAGAAUCUGGAGCUGGAGAGCAGAGUCACUUCUCUAAGUGAGGAACUGAAAAAAGAAGCAUCUAAACAACGUUGGUUUUUCAUGUCCAAUGAGUUGAAGAGCUGGUCUGACAGCAGGAAGUACUGCAAGGAUCAUGGUGCUGAUCUGGUCAUUAUCAACAGUGAAGAGAAGCAGAAAUUCAUUGCUUCAUUCACCACGGAAAGAGUGUGGAUCGGUUUGUCUGACACAGAGCAGCAAGGCAACAUGAAAUGGGUCGAUAAUUCACAGCUGAAACAAGGGUUUUGGUUCGAAGGUGAGCCGAAUAACCAGGGCGGAAAUGAGGACUGUAUUGAGCUGAAUUAUAAUAGAGAGACCCUGAACAGCUGGAAUGAUGAGUCAUGCUCUGUGAAGAAGAAGGGGGUUUGUGAGAAAUAGGUUCAUCCUGUCCUGUUCUGGUUUUGCUUCUAUAAUGAAAUAUAAUCAUCCUGAUUGUGAACACAUAAUUUCUGAUUUAAUUCCUGUCUUUAAAAAAAAAUAAUAAUAAUAAACUACUGUUUCUCAUGCAUGAAUUAGGGUGAUCUGAGACACAAAAC